AAACUAUAAUACAAUUAUUAGUGCUAAUUAGUAUCUCUGUUCGCUAUUUUUUUCACAUGUACUCUGUGCCAAUGCAAUAAAAUGGAAACGAAAAUCGAAGGAAUUUUGGAUGAACAUUAUAAUGCUGAGCCCGACCUCGUAGAUGAUAUUGGAGAUCUUGCUGCAACUUACAUGUUGCCACAACUACUAAUUUUAUCAAGCCAACUCAAUUCUGCUGGAGGUUUACGUUCUGUCUAUGUCAAUUUUGGACCCAAGGGUUAUUAUUGGCUCAACCCCGAGUCCUGGCCAGUAAAUGACCGGAGAGAAUUUGAAAAUCUGUUAGGUGGGUUAUUCGAGAAUGGAAUGAUAAUAGAUCCUGUGACCGAUGAAGUCCUUUGUCAUAAAAUCACUGACUUGCGAGAUAAUGUGCCUGCAAACUCAAAGUUAAUUGAUAUAAGCUAGAGGAUUCUGAAGGAAAGGCUCACAUUGAGCUGGGGUGUAAUAGAAAAAGAUGAACAUGUGUAGCAGAGAGAUUCAGGUUGAGGGAGCAUGUUAAAGAAGUUAGUAG